AUGAAGCUUGUGAUCCCUUCACACACUCCUCCCUUUUCUUCUCUACCUCACAACCAACCCAUGGAACAACAACAAUCUUCACCUACAAACCCUAAUAAAGUUCAUCUCGCCGUUGGUAAAUCGCUUCACAAAACCACAACCUUGCUUCAAUGGACUUUUAAUCACUUUCGGAAUGCCGAAAUUGUUAUUGUUCAUGUUUAUCAACCUUCUCCAGUUAUACCUACUUUAUUGGGGAAAAUGCCAGCAUCUCAAGCCAAUCCUGAAGUGGUAUCUGCUUUUAGAAGAGAGGAAAGAGAACAGACUAUGAGAUUGACUGAUAAGUAUUUAAGAAUUUGCUUUGCAUCUAAGGUGAAGGCGAGUGUUAUUGUAACGGAAGCCAGCCAAGUCCAAAAAGGAAUUGUUGAUUUGGUUGUUAAACAUAAUAUUACGAAGCUUGUUAUUGGAGCGGAAUCGGAAAAUUGCAUGAAAGUGAAAAGGAAUUCUGGGAAAGCAAAUUACACUUCCAAACAUGCUCCUUUGUUUUGUGAAAUAUGGCUUAUCUAUAAAGGCAGACACAUUUGGACAAGAGAGGCUUCUGAAAAACCAUGUUCUUUGCCUUCAGGCGUUCAACCUGAAAUUGCAGCAACAGAAAGCUUAAGAUUUAGAUCUUCUCAAAAUGGUAAGAACGAAUUACCCCAGUCGGAAUAUCUUCAACCAAAUUCUGCUAGAACUACAGUAUGUUCUGGAAUUAGAAGCUUGAAUCUGGGUGAAAUCAUAGAAACUGGAGCCACUAAUUCAUCCAAAUCGUCCAGUGCUAGCAGUUAUUGUUCUCCGCAAAAUUCUGUUGGGGUUUAUCAAGAUGCAUAUUCAGAGGACAUGGAGGAAAGAAUUAACAGUCAACUUAUUGAAACCGAAAGAGAAGCUGAGGCAGCAACAGAUGAGUCCUUUGCAGAACUAUUAAACUGCAGGAGGUUGGAAAUCGAGGCCAUGGAAGCCAUACAGAAGGUCAAAUUGUUUGAAUCUGCCCAUGCACAUGAGGUGGAGCUCAGGAAAGAGGCUGAGGAUGCACUUAGAGUUACUGUAACAGAACAGCAAAAGCUCUUAGAAGAGAGUGAAGAUAUUUCCGGAGAGCUACAAAUGACAAUGAGAAAUGUGGCCCUACUAGAUAGUCGUGCUAAGGAAGCAACCCGUCGGCGAGAUGAAGCUGCACAUGAGCUCUUGCUAAUUCAAACAUCAAUAUCAACCUUGUGGCAAGAAAGGCAGCAGAUCAGGAGACAGAAAAUGGAAGCCCUCCGCUGGUUGGAACGGUGGAAAAGUCGUGGGCAAAUCGGAGCAGCACAUUACAAUGGGGUCAUUGGAUUUGCCGAAGAACUGCCUGAGUUAGCAGAGUUUUCAUUAUCUGAUAUUGAAAAUGCUACAUGUAAUUUUUCCAAGAGCUUUAAAAUUGCGCAAGGUGGAUUUGGUUGUAUAUAUAAAGGGGAAAUGUUGGGUAGAACUGUUGCUAUAAAGAAGUUCCAUCAACAUAACGUGCAAGGACCAGCAGAGUUUCAUCGAGAGGUUCAAAUUCUUAGUAGUCUCCAACAUCCUCAUUUAUUGACCUUGCUUGGUGUGUGCCCCGAAGGAUGGUCAAUUGUAUAUGAGUAUCUCCCGAAUGGAACUCUUCAAGACUACCUAUUCCGUAAAAGUAACAUUAUUCCUUUGACAUGGAAUAUUAGAGCACGAAUGAUUGCCGAAAUAUCCAGUGCACUCUGCUUCUUACAUUCAUUUAAACCGGAAGCUAUUAUCCACGGUGAUCUUAAGCCUGAGACUAUACUUCUUGAUUCUUCACUUAGUUGCAAGAUAUGUGAAUUCAGGUUCAGCAGGCUUGUGACAGAAGAGUCUCACUAUAGUGCUAGUUUCCAUUUGAGCACGGAGCCAAAGGGUGCUUUCACAUAUACAGAUCCCGAGUUUCAGAGAACUGGGGUACUGACACCCAAGUCUGACACCUACUCAUUUGGGCUUAUAAUUUUGCAACUCCUUACUGGCAGGACUCCAGUUGGAUUAGCAGUUCUAGUUCGCCAUGCAGUUUCAUGUGGAAAAUUGUCUUCAAUUCUUGAUUCUUCAUCUGGAGAAUGGCCUUUAUCUGUAGCAUCACGGUUGGCAGAACUGGGUUUGCAAUUUUGCGCUCAAAAUCGCAGAAACAGGCCAGAGUUAACACCUGCUCUUGUGAGAGAAUUGGAACAGUUACAUGUUUCAGAAGAGAGACCCGUACCAUCGUUUUUCUUAUGUCCAAUACUUCAGGAAAUAAUGCAUGAUCCUCAAAUUGCAGCAGAUGGAUUUACAUAUGAAGGGGAUGCCAUACGCGAAUGGUUGGAAAAUGGACAUGAUACUUCUCCAAUGACUAAUUUAAAAUUGAUUCAUUUGCUUCUCACUCCCAAUCACUCAAUUAGACUUGCCAUCCAAGAUUGGCUCUGCAAAUCAUAA